GGGAUUAUUGCGUCCUGUAACUGAACUCUAUCUAAAAGUUCUCUCCUGGUUUGGUCUCGGGCUUCCCGCUGAUUUUCCCGAAAAUGACGGCGUCCUGCGCGCCUCGCCGGGCGCCUCCCGGCCUCCCAGAGAGUCCCCCUUUUCCUUGGUGCUGCGGCGGGAUUCUUUUGCUGUCCUUAGUGCUCCCGUUGCCCAUAUUCUCCGGUCCCUGUAUUGAUCCACCAGUAUUGGAGAGUAUGAAGCUCAAGGGUGUCAUUAAACGCCAUUAUUAUCCUGGGGACAGAAUAGACUAUGAGUGUCACAGAGGAUACUUUUAUGUGUGGCCUUAUCUCCUCGCAUCUACUUGUGAGCCUAAUGGCUCAUGGAGCCCUAUUGAAGAAGCAUGUUUAAGAAAAUCAUGUCCAAAUCCAGAAAUAAAACAUGGUGAAGUAUAUGCCCCAAAUAAAACCUUUGAGUUUGAAUCAGAAGCUCACAUUUCUUGUAAUGAGGGUUAUUACUUAAGAGGAAAAAAAAUUCUAACUUGUAACCUUAUUGGAGAUAAUGUGCAUUGGAGUGAUUUGAUACCACAUUGUGAAAAGAUUUUUUGUGGACGACCUCCAAAAAUAAAACAUGGAAAACACACCAAUAGCUACAGGAAUAUAUUUGAAUAUAAUGAAUUAGUAACUUAUAGUUGUAAUCCUUCAAAUGGAUCAGAUGAAUACUCACUUGUUGGAGAGAGCAAGCUUAUUUGUUCUGGACCUGGCAAAUGGAGCAGUGCCGCUCCUCUGUGUAAAGUGGUCAAAUGUGAACGUCCAGUACUCGAACAUGGAAUAAUGGUAUCAGAAAGUAGAGAAAAAUUUUCCUACCAAGCAGUGGUGAUAUUUGAAUGCCUCCAGGGUUUUUACCUUAAUGGCAGCAACCUAGUGUUCUGUGGUGGUAAUAAUACUUGGGAGCCUGAGAUGCCAAAGUGUAUUAAAGGUUACAAGCCUACUCAUCCAACCAAGACUCCACUUUUAAAAUAUCCAGGAUAUCCCAAUCCCAGUGACGAAAUACUAUCACUUGAUGACUUUGAGGAUUUAGAUGCAGGAAUCAUUGCUCUGAUUAUUCUUACUGCAAUUGUUGCUGUUGUAGUAGUUUGUACCUGCUUCUACAGAUGUCUUCACAGUGAGAAGAAAGAGGAGAAGGAUAUGAAAGAGAAGGAAGAAAAGGAUAUGAAAGAGAAGGAGAAGAAAGAGAAGGAGGAAAAGGAGAAAAAGGAAAAUGAGAAGAAGGAAAACGAGAAGAAGGAAAAGGAGAAGGAGAAGAAAGAGAAGGAGAUGAAAGGGUAA